AUGCUUGAUUUCUGUCUUCGUCUUUUCUGUCCGAGCCCUGGAAGAAAGAAUAGGAGGGAACGAUAUAUCAACCCUACUUCCCUUGCUAUAUCCAAACCCCGUCGUCGAUAUCCGGUUCCAUCUCCCGUAUACCCACUACCUGCACCAAUAUUUCAUCCUCCUGAGCAAAUUUAUCAACAACCUCGUCUUAUCAGUCCUGUCUAUUAUCCAGAACCGGAGUCAGAACCUGAGCCUGAGUUUUCGUUUUCUCAGAGAUUUGAACGAGUACCUUUCGAGCCAAUCUCAAGACGUGAAAUAGAUCCAGAAGUUCAAAGGAUUCAUCUUGCUGAACCAGAGCCAGAAAUCUAUCUACCCCUUCGUCGUCCAAGAUCUCCACCAAGCCAGUAUAUACAUUUUGUUCAACAAUUUCCACCACCAUAUAUUCCUUCUCCUCCGCCAUCUCCCGCAACUCAUCAUAUACACGUUUUGCCUCCUCCUGCCCCGAGAACUCCUUCUCCACCACAUACCCAUAUACGCGUCUUGCCUCCUCCUGUUCCCCUUCCUCCUGCUCCGAGAACUCCUUCUCCGCCGCAUACCCACAUCCAUCUCCUUGCACCGGCACCCUCGCCCCACCUCCACGGUCCCCUUCACCUCCCACUCAAACACUCGCUCUAA